GAAAAGCUGUUCCAAAAUUCAGUUCCAGAUGAAAACAAACUCUCCUUCACAGGAAUAUACUCUAGCACCCAUAGAGAUUUAACUAGUUGCUUUGUUUCUCUGGACCGCUAUGAAUCCGGACUAUUAGUGACUGAUCUGGGUAGAGCUAAAGAGCUCCAUUUUUAUAUUGAAAGAAAACAAAAUUAUUUAGAUACAGAGUUGUUCCCUAACGCACAAUCUGUAUGGAAUAAAAUCGAGAACGGGGAGGAGAAUCUAGAAAUAGAGCGAAUACAGAAGAUUCUUCGGGUAGAAAGGGAUGAAACAUCAGUUGUGUUAUUUUCCUUUGAAAGUGAAAGUUCUCUGAAUGUUUGGGUUUUGAAUAGUGAUGUCACCUUUAAGCGCCUGAUGUCAAAUGAAGCAUUGAAUACAUUGGAGUCCCUGAUGACUCAGUUUUCCACAAAUACAAGUGUCAAUAUCAAUCGAGAUUCUUCAUUUUUUAAACUUGAUUCACUUGCGAAUGAACAUAGUUUUCAUAGUCACAUGAUCUCACCGUCAACCAAGCCGUGUAAAGGAAAAAAGCUUAAAACCUUGCACGCAAAAAAUCCGAGCGACGAUCAUUUCAGUGAAGCUAUUUUAAAAAAACUUUUCGAUCUUCUCAUUCAACCAAUAAGAGAUGCCGUAAAAGGAAAUAAGCUCAUUAUUGUUCCUGACAUGCAAUUGUUCUUUAUUCCCUUUUCUUCAUUGAUUGAUGAAAAUGGGAGGUAUUUAUCUCAGAGUUACAGCAUUCAAGUAACGCCCUCAUUACACACUCUGACGUUUACGAAAGAACAACCGCAUGACUCUGACCCCGGUUUUGCGUUGUUUGUUGGUAAUCCCAAAGUUAGGAAUGCUUCUUUGCAUGGCACAGAUUUCACAUCUGCUGACCUACCAAAAGCAACUGAGGAAGUUGCAAGUCUUUCCAAGCUCUUCACAGCAAGGCCUCUCGUAAAAGCUGAAGCAAAAAAACAGGUUAUUCUCGGACUUUUAAGUGGUGCUAGUAUAAUUCAUAUUGCUGCUCAUGGUGAACCGAAGAGAGGUGAAAUAAUGCUUGCUUCUGACCUUUCCUUAAAUGAACCAUCUUCUUCUCUUCCUAAUCCAGAUUCCUAUCUCCUCACACAGAAGGAUAUUACGAGUAUUUCAUUGCGAGCUCGCUUGGUUGUCCUAUGCUGUUGUCACACAGGGCAAGGUGAGAUUUCUUCAGAAGGUAUCAUAGGUAUAGCUAGGUCUUUUCUUGCUGCUGGAGCUCGCUCUGUUCUCGCCACACUCUGGCCCAUUUGUGAUGACGCAACAAAGGAGUUUAUGGAAGCAUUCUACAACGAACUGCUUCAGGAAACACCAGUUUGUGAAGCUUUAAGAAGAGUAAUGAACCUCUUUCAGCUACACGAAAGAGAAUAUUACCGAUCCUUUUUUAUUUGGGCUCCAUUUACUCUCUAUGGAGAGGAUGUGACGUUUAAAAAAGGCGACAUUGAAAGGAUCAGAGAGAAAUCCAGUGAAACUCUACCCGAAUGUGGUUUUGCGUUAUUUGUUGGUAAUCCAACAUCAGACUUGCCUAAAGCCACUGAGGAGGUUAAUUCUCUUUCAAAGCUUUUCAAAGCAAAGGCUCUCGUGGAAGGCGAAGCCAAAAAACAGGUUUUGCUGGGACUUUUGAGCGGGGCAAGUAUUAUCCAUAUUUCUGCACAUAUUCAAGCUAAGCAAUGCGCAAUAAUGCUUUCUCCAUGUGUCUCCUCGAAUCAAGGUUCUUCCACUCAGGAUCUUUUAACGCAACAGGAUGUUCAGGGCCUUUCUUUGAAAGCUGUCUUGGUUGUUUUAUGCCUAAGUCACUCUGAGCAAGACGAAGUCUCUCCAGAAGGUGUUGAAACUUUAGCUCUGUCUUUUCUUGCAGCCGGAGCUCGCUCUGUUCUUUCCACACUAAGGCACAGUGAUGAUGAUGCAACAACGGAGUUUAUGAAAACACUUUAUAAUCACUUGCUGCAUGAAUCAUCAAUCAGGGAGGCGCUAGAGAAGACAAAGAAAUUCUUUGAAAAGCGCGAUGAUGAGGCGUACCGAUCCUUUGUAGGUCGUUCUCCGUUUACAAUCUACGGAGAAGAUGUGGUCUUUCAAAAACAUGACAUUGAAACGAUAAGAGAGAAAUCUUUUUCUUCUGGUUUUUGUUGUAUUACCAUAUGAUGAGGUUACUGGUUCGUUUGAAAAUCUUAACAUGCAAGAUAAACCAUAGUGUAGGUGAUGGUUGUUUAAUUCUUUUGUCCUCGCUUAUACAAAAAAAGUCAGAAAAAAGUAAAAAAAAGGGAGAGUAUACCGGCUGUAAAAUUUUAUAUAAAAUUAUAAAUUUUACUUAAUCAUGUAAUCAUGCACUUAGGUUUGUAUGAAAUUCAAAAUGUGAAUUGCUAACGUAUCCAAAUAGUUCGCAACCAUAGUGUAAUUACCUCAACCGGAGAAUAUGUAAUCAUCUGGGUUUUAUGUUUGUGUAGGUGACUUAAGUGUAAAUAAAUAAAUACUAAGUGUAUUUAUACCAAAUUUUGUGAGUGAAUUUCUCUAUCGGCCUUUGAAGAAUUGGUUAAAAUUUCGUUGAAUUUGGUUAUAGAUUUUCCACUUUCUACGGCUCUCCAAAUGCCCUUGUACAAACAGAAGUAGCUACUAAAUUUAUGUGAAAUUUCUUCUGACCACAGUUAACAGUUUUUUUCCAGACUUUGCAUGGUGUGUGUUAGACAACAAGCGAUUAAUCCUAUGGCGUGAGGAUCACCACGCAAAGAUCUUUCUGGUUUCUGGUGUAAGUAUAUAAUUCAACCUUCAACUAAGAUUUAGUUUAGUAAACCUCCUUGAAUGCAGGUGCAUAGGAACCACGCCCGCGAAACUCUACUCUUGCGGUAAAGACGAGAGAUUUUCUUGUUGCAUCAUCACAUAGCUGAUAAACCAAUUCAUGAAUUGGAAAAUCGAAGAGGCUGCCAUGCUGCAUGCUACUUUAUCUGGAUCAUGUUUGACUACAAUUCAAUGCAUUUUUCAAAAAUUACCUAAUGUCUUUUUCAACAUUUCAAAGAUAAACGAAAUUGUCUCGUGCGUGAAAUUUUUGCCGCAGUUUCUGCUCAAUACCAUACAAUGGUAUAAAUAAUAAUCAAUGUUUACGAGGGCAAUGGUAAAGAAUAUUUUCACGAGGUGAAAGAUGGAUAAUUCCAUUCAUCGAGGAGAAUUAUUUGUUUUAUACAACACCAAAAAAAACACCAAAAAGAUUUAAUGUUAUUGAAAAAAAAGUUUGUGUUUAUUAGUAAUUCCAUUUUCGGAUUCGUGUGUUAUCAAAUGUGUGCAAGUACGAUACGAUUAAUGCUGUGAGUGAUUGAAUUUUGUGAAAAAGCAACUGUGCAUUGACAAAAACUUGCACGUCUUUACGCUGCAAUGGAAACAUUAAUUGCACUGUUAGUAAAAAGAAAAAAUUUUAUCUAAUGCCACGCAACCACAAACACUGAACCAAUUGAAAGACAUAAAAUGAAUGAGGUACUAUUAAAUAACUUUCAAUGGAGGAUAAUGAAAAAAUGCUUGUGAACAACGC